AUGGCUCCCGCAAAGGCCUCGGCCAAUAAGUACUCGGUGAUCCUGCCGACGUACAACGAGCGCCGCAACCUGCCCAUCAUCACGUGGCUGCUCAACCGCACCUUCACCGAGAGCAACCUCGACUGGGAGCUCAUCAUCGUCGACGACGGCUCCCCCGACGGCACGCAGACGGUGGCCAACCAGCUCGUCAAGGCCUACAGCCCGCACGUCCAUCUCAAGCCCCGCGCCGGCAAGCUGGGCCUCGGCACGGCCUACGUGCACGGCCUGCAGUUCGUCACGGGCAAUUUCGUCAUCAUCAUGGACGCCGACUUCAGCCACCACCCCAAGUUCAUCCCGCAGAUGGUGGCGCGGCAGCGCGAGGCCGACUACGACAUCGUCACGGGCACGCGCUACGCCGGCGACGGCGGCGUCUACGGCUGGGACCUCAAGCGCAAGUUUGUCAGCCGCGGCGCCAACCUGUUCGCCGACACGGUGCUGCGGCCGGGCGUCAGCGACCUCACGGGCAGCUUCCGCCUCUACAAGAAGACGGUGCUCCAAAAGGUCAUCAGCAGCACCGAGAGCAAGGGCUACACGUUCCAGAUGGAGAUGAUGGUCCGCGCCAAGGGCAUGGGCUGCACGGUUGCCGAGGUGCCCAUCAGCUUUGUCGACCGCGUCUACGGCGAGAGCAAGCUCGGCGGCGACGAGAUUGUCGAGUAUGCCAAGGGCGUGCUGAACCUGUGGUUCAAGGUGUAG